UAACCCCUAUAUAACCUGUAACUAAUAAGACACCUACAAACUCCGAAUUGAUUAUUAAAUUGACAAUGGAUUUUGUAGCCAUUGUAGGUGGAUUAGUACUUGCCUGGACUUUGUUUCCAUACGUACGUUGGCUAGCAACAUGCAAUGGACGUACCAAAAAACUUCCACCAGGGCCAAUUCCCCUUCCAUUGAUUGGAAAUUUGCACAACAUUCUUGGUGUUCAACCUCACAAGUCACUUGCAAGGCUUGCCAAAAAAUAUGGCCCAAUGAUCAGCCUCAGAAUGGGCCAAAUAACGACAGUGGUAAUAUCUUCAUCAGCUGUGGCCAAACAAGUGUUACAAAAACAAGAUUUGGCCUUCUCUAGCAGAACAAUCCCGGAUGCAGUCCAUGCCUUAAAUCACCAUCAGUUCUCCGUCGUGUUUCUUCCAGUCGGCUCUCGCUGGAGAAGCCUAAGGAAAAUCUUGAAUUCUAAUAUGUUCUCCAGAAACAAGCUUGACACAAGUCAGCAUCUCAGGUCCCAAAAGAUUCAAGAUUUUAUUGCUUACUGCGGCAGAUGUAGCCAAAAUGGUCAGGCAGUGAAUAUAGGCCAAGCUGCUUUCGAGACCUCUAUGAAAUUACUCUCGAAUACCAUUUUCUCCAAGGAUGUUGUGGACCCUUAUGCGAAUUCAGGUAAUGAAUUUAAGGAUGUGGUGUGGAAAAUCAUGGAAGAAGCUGGUAAGCCCAAUUUGGCCGACUAUUUCCCCCUGUUGAAAAGGAUAGAUCCACAAGGAAUAAGGCGACGCGCAGUCAAGUUUUCUGGUAAGUUGUUUCAGCAGAUUCAGGGAUUGAUCGAUGAACGAUUGGAGCAAAGGAGGAAGUCGCCAAAUUGUGGUACAACAGAUUUUCUUGAAGUUAUGUUAAAUACUAGUCAAGAAGAUCCGCAGGCAAUCGACAGAAUUCAUAUAGAACACUUGUGCCAGGACCUUUUCACUGCGGGAACAGAUACAACUUCAAAUACAUUAGAAUGGGCAAUGGUAGAGGUCAUGAGAAAACCAUGCAUAAUGAAGAAAGCUAAAAGCGAGCUUGCAGAGGUUAUUGGCAAAGGCAAGAUAAUAGAAGAAGCUGACAUCUCCCGCCUCCCUUAUUUGGAGUGCAUAGUGAAAGAAACCUUGCGGAUGCACCCACCGGUACCCCUUUUGCUCCGAAAGGUAGAUCAAGACGUUGAGGCGUGUGGCUAUUUUGUCCCGAAAGACUCUCAAGUGUUAGUGAACGUAUGGUCAAUAGGACGAGAUCCAGCUAUAUGGGAGGAUCCUCUUGCAUUUAAACCUGAGAGAUUUUGGGGUUCAAAAAUAGACCUUCGUGGCCAAGAUUUUGAGGUCAUUCCAUUUGGUGCGGGUAGAAGAAUUUGCCCGGGGUUACCUUUGGCAACCAGGACACUUAUUGUAAUGUUGGGUUCGUUGUUGAAUUCGUUUGAUUGGAAAGCUGAAGGCAAUAUUGCACUAGAGGAUUUGGAUGUAGAAGAAAAGUUUGGGAUUACACUAGCGAGAUCGCGUCCUUUGCGAGCUGUCCCUAUUCCUCUGAAUUGAAUUGAGCAUGUCAUAACCUUAAUUAUUACUACAGCCUUGUUUGUAUGAGUGUUUCGAAUUGUUUUGUAAUGUAUUGUGUUGUAUUGCAUCUUACUGUAUUGAUUUAAUGAAUAUAAUGUUCAGAUAAAUUGUAUCU